CUUCAUUUUGCAGUUUCAGCCAAUCCGGCCAAUCGCCGCGGCGGUGGGCGGGACUUCCGGUGACACUGACGAAUCAGUGAUGGCGACAGAGGGAAAGUUGAAGGUGUCAGCAGAACAACAUGGAGGAGGAGUGAAGCCGUAGAAACACUCAGAACUCUUCCACCGAACUGAGCAGCAGCAGUGCAGCCAGAAGCAGUUCAGUAGAUGUCCACCCCCUCAGACACACCAGGUGGUAUGUCCCAUCCUGGCCCUUCUCCGGGGGCAGGUCUCUCCCCAGGGCCCAUCUUGGGCCCCAGCCCUGGACCGGACCCUUCCCCAGGCUCUGUUCACAGUAUGAUGGGACCCAGUCCUGGACCUGGAACACCCAAUGCCCCCCAUGGCAUGCAGGGCCAGGGGCAGAGCGAUUACUCUCAGGACGGCAUGUAUCCUAUGCACAAGCCCAUGGAAGGGAUGAAUGACAAGACAAUGGCAGACGCGAUGCACUUUGGUCACAUGAAAGGUGUGGGGAUGAGAUCUCUGCAUAGUGGGAUGGGGCCUCCACAGAGUCCCAUGGACCAGCACAGCCAAGGAUACAUGUCCCCCCAUCCAUCCCCCAUGGGUGUCCAUGAGCAUGCUUCCAGCCCCAUGUCAGGAGGUGGAGGAGGUGGCGGCCCCACGCCGCCCCAUAUGCCUCCGUCACAGUCCGGCCCCAUGAUGCCCAUGGAUCCCCAGGGAAGCAUGCCCAGUAUGUCCAACAUGGGCCAGCAGGGACGAGGACCUUCUGCGUUCAGCCCGGUCCAGCUGCAGCAGCUCAGAGCUCAGAUCCUGGCCUACAAGAUCCUGGGCCGCGGGCAACCCCUGCCGGAAAACCUCCAACUGGCUGUUCAGGGCAAGAGGAGCCUACCCACAAUGCAGCAGCAGCAGCAGCAACAACAACAACAACAGCAACAACAACAACAACAGCAGCAACAGCAGCAGCCGCCACCACAGAGUGCGAGUCCAUACAACAGACCUCCAGGAAUGGCUAUGGCACCUUUAGGUGGACCCCAGUUGAGUCCCUGUCCAACCCCGAUCAUGCAGGGACACAAUCAGAGCAUAGGACCCAAGCCUUGGUCUGAUGGUCCGGGUGGUGAAAAUCAAGCCAAUGCUCAGAAGCACCUAACCCCUGCUUCCAGUGGACGCCCGUCCCCGGCACUACCUCAGGCGGUUGCUGUGCCGGCUGGACCCCUGCCAGGCGGUUCAGUGACCCCUCAGCCUCCCGGGCAGCAGGUGUCCCCCAUGCUCCAGAUGCAGCAGAAGCAGAACCGAGUAACGCCGAUCCAGAAGCCCCAAGGUUUGGACCCAGUGGGAAUCCUUCAGGAGAGAGAGUACAGGUUGCAGGCUCGGAUUGCUCAUCGGAUUCAGGAGCUGGAGAGUCUGCCGGGCUCGCUGCCUCCUGACCUGAGGACUAAAGCCACAGUGGAGCUCAAAGCUCUGCGCCUGCUCAACUUUCAGCGGCAGCUGAGGCAGGAUGUGGUGGCGUGCAUGAGGCGAGACACGACCCUGGAGACCGCCCUCAACUCGAAGGCCUACAGACGCAGCAAGCGGCAGACGCUGAGGGAGGCCCGCAUGACAGAGAAGCUGGAGAAGCAGCAGAAGCUGGAGCAGGAAAAGAAGCGCAGGCAGAAACAUCAGGAGUAUCUCAACAGUAUCCUUCAGCAUGCCAAGGACUUCAAAGAGUAUCACCGCUCUGUGUCCGGUAAAGUCCAGAAACUCACCAGGGCCAUCGCCAACUGGCACACCAACACCGAGCGGGAACAGAAGAAGGAGACUGAGAGAAUCGAGAAGGAGAGGAUGAGGAGACUUAUGGCAGAGGAUGAGGAAGGCUACAGAAAACUCAUCGACCAGAAGAAAGACAAGCGUCUGGCCUACUUGCUGCAGCAGACAGAUGAAUACGUGGCCAACCUCACCACGCUGGUGUACGAACACAAAGCUGCCCAGGCUGCCAAGGAGAAGAAGAGGAAGAAGAAGAAAAAGAAGAAGGUGGAUGGAGAUGGUGAAGGCACCAGCGCCAUUGGACCGGAUGGAGAGCCCAUGGACGAGAGCAGCCAGAUGAGCGAGCUGCCAGUCAAGGUGAUUCAGACAGAGACAGGGAAAGUCUUGCAGGGAACGGACGCUCCCAAAUCCAGCCAGCUGGAGGCCUGGCUCGAGAUGAAUCCUGGGUAUGAAGUCGCCCCGCGGUCAGACAGCGAGGAGAGCGGGUCUGAGUUUGAGGAGGAGGAGGAAGAGGAUGUGGCCAAGGCAGAAACAGAGGAGCAGAAGAUAAUCGAUCCCAAUGGAAACGUAGUGACUGUGAAGGCUGCUAAGCACAUCAUUGAGUCUGCCAAGCAGGAUGUGGAUGAUGAAUACAGUGUUCCCACUGGACAAACCAGCUCCCAGUCUUACUACGGUGUGGCCCAUGCUGUCAUUGAGAGGGUGGAGAAGCAGUCGUCGCUGCUGAUCAACGGGAUGCUCAAACACUACCAGGUCCAGGGGCUGGAGUGGAUGGUGUCCCUAUACAACAACAAUCUAAAUGGCAUCCUGGCUGACGAGAUGGGCCUCGGCAAAACCAUCCAAACCAUCGCCCUCAUCACCUACCUGAUGGAGCACAAGAGGAUCAACGGCCCCUUCCUCAUCAUCGUUCCUCUCUCGACUUUGUCUAAUUGGGUCUAUGAACUUGACAAGUGGGCCCCCUCUGUUGUGAAAAUUGCUUACAAGGGCACCCCUGGUCUGCGCCGCGGGCUCGUACCUCAGCUCCGCAGCGGGAAAUUCAACGUCCUGUUGACCACCUAUGAAUACAUCAUUAAGGACAAGCAAAUACUGGCCAAGAUUCGUUGGAAGUACAUGAUCGUGGACGAGGGUCACCGCAUGAAGAACCACCACUGUAAGUUGACCCAGGUGCUGAACACCCACUAUGUGGCCCCCCGACGUCUCCUCCUCACCGGUACGCCGCUGCAGAACAAACUCCCCGAGCUGUGGGCCUUGCUCAACUUCCUCCUGCCGACCAUCUUUAAGAGCUGCAGCACCUUCGAGCAGUGGUUCAACGCACCGUUCGCCAUGACGGGGGAGAGGGUCGACCUAAACGAGGAGGAGACCAUCCUGAUUAUUCGCCGUUUGCACAAGGUGCUCCGCCCCUUCCUGCUGCGCAGACUGAAGAAGGAGGUGGAGUCUCAGCUGCCAGAGAAGGUUGAGUACGUCAUCAAAUGCGACAUGUCUGCCAUACAGAAGGUUCUGUAUCGUCACAUGCAGAAAGGCAUCCUUCUCACGGACGGCUCAGAGAAAGACAAGAAGGGUAAAGGAGGAGCGAAGACCCUGAUGAACACCAUCAUGCAGCUGAAGAAGAUCUGUAACCAUCCAUACAUGUUCCAGCACAUUGAGGAAUCCUUUGCAGAGCACUUGGGUUAUCCAAAUGGCAUAAUCAGUGGGCCCGAUCUGUAUCGAGCCUCUGGGAAGUUCGAGCUCCUGGAUCGCAUCCUGCCGAAACUUCACGCCACCAACCAUAGAGUCCUGCUGUUCUGCCAGAUGACGACUCUCAUGACGAUCAUGGAGGACUACUUCAGCUACCGCAACUUCCAGUAUUUACGUCUCGAUGGAACCACCAAGUCUGAUGAUCGAGCGACGCUGCUGAAGAAAUUUAAUGAGGAAGGAUCGCAGUACUUCAUCUUCCUGCUCAGCACAAGAGCCGGUGGCCUCGGCCUCAACCUGCAGGCCGCCGACACUGUCAUCAUCUUUGACAGUGACUGGAAUCCCCACCAGGACCUGCAGGCUCAGGACCGCGCUCACCGCAUCGGUCAGCAGAAUGAGGUGCGCGUGCUUCGUCUCUGCACCGUCAACAGCGUGGAGGAGAAAAUCCUGGCAGCGGCCAAAUACAAACUGAACGUGGAUCAGAAGGUCAUCCAGGCAGGCAUGUUUGACCAGAAGUCCUCGAGCCACGAGCGCCGCGUCUUCCUCCAGGCCAUUUUAGAGCACGAGGAGCAGAACGAGGAGGAAGAUGAGGUGCCUGAUGAUGAAACGCUGAACCAGAUGAUCGCCCGCAUUGAAGAUGAAUUUGAGCUCUUUAUGCGCUUCGACAUGGACCGACGCCGGGAGGACGCCCGCAACCCGAAGCGCAAGCCUCGUCUGAUGGAGGAGGACGAGCUGCCGUCUUGGAUCAUCAAAGACGACGCUGAGGUGGAGCGGCUCACGUACGAAGACAAGGAGGAGAAGUUGUUCGGCCGAGGAUCGCGCUGUCGUCAAGAUGUGGACUACAGUGACGCGCUGACUGAGAAGCAGUGGCUACGGGCCAUCGAGGACGGAAACCUGGAGGAGAUGGAGGAGGAGAUCCGGCUGAAAAAGCGCAAACGCAAGAGACGACAGGACAAGGACUCGUCGAGCCGAGACGAGGGAAGCAGCAAAUCCAAGAAGAGACGUGGACGUCCACCGGCGGAGAAGCUCUCCCCCAAUCCCCCCAAACUCACCAAGCAAAUGAACACCAUCAUCGAUACGGUCAUCAACUACAGAGAUGGGUCAGGACGACAACUGAGCGAGGUCUUUGUCCAGCUUCCGUCCAGGAAGGAGCUCCCAGAAUAUUACGAGCUGAUCAGAAAACCUGUGGACUUCAAAAAGAUCAAGGAACGUGUGAGAAGUCAUAAAUACAGAAACAUAGGAGACCUGGAGAAGGACGUGAUGCUGCUCUGUCACAACGCGCAGACCUUCAACCUGGAGGGAUCCCAGAUAUACGAAGACUCCAUUGUCCUUCAGUCGGUCUUCAAGAGCGCGAGGCAGAAGAUUGCCAAGGACGAAGAGAGCGACGACGACAGCGACGAGGACGAGGAGGACGAGGAUGAGUCAGAGGCCGAGGCCAAGUCUGUGCGGGUUAAGAUCAAGCUGAGUAAGGAGGCGCGGAGCUAUGACAAAGGCAAGAAGAGGCAGAGCAGAGGGAAGGCCAAGCCGGUGGUCAGCGACGACGACAGCGACGACGACCAGGAUGAUAAUGUAGGUCAUUCCACUCCGCAGCAUUUCACCUUCACCGUUAGCAUCUUCAGCUGAAAUUAAAC